AUGGAGGAAAAGUUGUCGUACAUGAUCGAAUGGUGGACGAAGGAGCACGAACUCAUGAUCGAGCAAGGGUUCACGAAGCGCACAAUAGAGACGGCGGUGGGAGAAAGCGGCAUUGCGUUUCGUGAGAGGUGCACGCAAGUCUUUGAUCUACUGGAAGGCAAGAGUGUGCCUACUCUCAUCUUCUCGGCCGGGUUGUACGACGUGAUCCAUGCUGUGCUCGACAAGGAGUACAAGAAGACACCGGCGCAGAAGAUUCCGUCGAAUGUGCACAUGAUCUCCUACAUGAUGCAAUUCGACGAGAGUGGCAAAGUGGUCGACUUCAAGGGCGAGCAUGAACAAGAACGCAUUGGCACUGAAUUCUGGAAGCAGUGCCAGCUCGAAGAACACCGCAACAUCCUGCUGUUGGGCGAUUCGCUCGGCGACGCCAACAUCGCCGACGGUCUGGACUUCACGGAGGACGAGAUCGUGCGGAUCGGCUUCCUCAAUAGCGGUGCCGGUGAGAAGCUCGACCUGUACAUGCAGCGCUUCGACAUCGUGCUCACGAACGACUCGAGCUUGCUGCCUCUCGAGGUCUUGCUGCACCAAUUCAAAGCAUAG